AUGGUUUAUAUAUCAGCAGCACCUUCGCAUAAUCUACAGUGUUAUCACGGUAAAAAGAAUCGAGAUGGAGAUUGUGAAUGCGAACCAGAAUUUGCUGGUCAAUUGUGCGAACGGAAGAAACAUUGUGCUGGGUUUGAACGGCAUUUUAAUUACAGGUGGGUUAUUUUUGGUUGAUUCUUAAUUUUAGAGAGGUACAUUUUGUUGUUGGAUCUUACGUGACUUUUACUUACCGUACCCUAAUUCAUACUACUUUACCUUUCUCUAACCGGCUUUUGUCCAAUUUAUUAUACCCUACCUUACUUCAACUUAUUUUACUCUACACUACUUUAUAACAUACCUUACACCACCGCGCCCUGCUCUAUCUUACUUUCUUAAUCAUAUCUUUUAUACACUAUCUUAUUCUACUCGAGUCGCUUUUUCUCUACUUUACCUUACUCUACGCUAUCCUACCUUACGCAAUCUUACCCUAUUCUACCUUACAUCACCUUAUCUUACUCUAUCAUACUCUAAGAUAAUAAGUUCACCCUAUUCUAACCUUUUCUUAUCAUUUCAAUUUUUUUUAUAAACUAACCUAAUUUUAGUUGUAUAACAUGUGAAACCGGGUGGACGGGUCAAGAAUGUGACUUUAUUGACUGUGGAACGCAUGGUAUCCCAACCAGUGCUAUAGAAUGUCAAUGUACAGCUCCAUACUCGGGCCCGAUUUGUGAUAAACUAAAAACAACUGAUGUGUAUCUAUAUUACAAUUCUAAAAUAUAUUCGAUGGGACCAAUUGGAGUACUAUCCAUCGUACCAAUGAUCAUUAUUUUGUUAGGAUGUAAACAUUUGGCGGAGAAACGACAGGUAAACUCAUUAUUUGUUUGAUCGUGGAUCGUAUUUUACAAAAAAAAACGGUUUUUAAAUUGACAACAUUUGAUACAAUUUGUUCACUAUAGUUUAGUACAAGAUACUACUGGCUUUGCCGUGUUUAAAAAGUUGUAUUUUAGGUAUACCGAGUGACCAAAGCACUAAAGAAAGACCAUGACAUAGAGCCAUCUCAAGUUCGCAGUUUCCUCAAGGGAUAUUGA